AUGUUCGUAGGCGGAGGAGCACCAGCGGAUAUGAUAAAGCGCCAAGGCAUUACAAUUGGAGGACCUGGUGGUAUUACAAUUGGUGGCGGCGGCAAUAACAACAACAACCAGGCUGGUGAAGGAGCAAGGGCUGGGGCCGGAGCUCAGACCGGUGCGGGAGCAGGCGUCCCAAGUAACAAGACAGCAGAAGGUAUCGCUGCUCUGGAAGGCGCCAAGAACAACACUGGUGGUGGCUUGUCGAUUGGUGGUCUAACCCUAGGGGGGCCUGGAGGUGGUAUCACGAUCAACAAUGGAGGCAACGGGAAUAAGGGUCAGCAAGAAGGCCAGCCAGCCGCAGCUGCACCUGCAAAACCUGCAGAAGGUGCUGCUGCGGCACCUGCAGAGGGCAAAGGCUCCGCUCUCCCUGCUGUUCCUGAGAUCCCGAAAGUCCCUGCCGUUUCGGGUGAAGGUCAAAAGGGCAAUGCUCCUACGGAAGGGGUUGCUGCUCCUGCCGAGGGCGUUGCAAAACCUGCCGAAGGUGCUGCUGCUGCUGCACCCGCCGAGGGCAACGGGUCUACACUACCGGCCGUCCCUGAAAUCCCUAAAAUCCCUGCUACCUCGGAAGAGGGUAAAAACGGCGCUGCUCCCACUGAAGGUAUAGCCAAACCUACUGAAGGUGUUGCUGCGCCGACUGAAGGUAUUGCUGCUCCUGCCAAAGGUACCACAAAUACUUCGGGGAAUGGCCAGGCUGCCGUUCCAGCUGAAGGCCAAGCGGCUCCUGUUACUGGUGAAGCACCCAAGAAAGCAGAGGAAAUCGGCGCUGUUCGGGAGUCGGAACAAUUCGAUGGAAACGCAGGCAUUACCGUCGAUAAGAACGGUAAUGCGGUCAACUCGGGAGGCGAUCUGGGUAUCACAAAAGGCUCGGACGGCAGUACCUCUGUUGGUGGCGAAUCAGGCAUUAACAUCAUCGGUCGUGCGCUUGGCAUAUCCGUUGGCAGCGAGUCGGGAAUCGAGAAUGUUGAACGCAAAAUCGGUGCCGCUCCUGCAUCACCAUCACCUAUCAAGCCUCUGGUAGCACCGGCUGUCCCAUCCCUUCCCCCGGCAAUUGCUGUAGCGCCUGCAAAGUCCCUUCCGGCCCAGCCAAAGGCUCCUCCUCCACCUGCUGCUCAGAGUGUAGCUCCUUUGCCCACAGCACUGCCGCAGACUCCUGGUCAGGGUGAGAAGCCGGCAGCACCAGUGCUGGCUCCUGCAGCAUCGGCUUCCGCUGCGCCGGCUGCUGGUAUUCCCAAUUUUGUUCCUGGGACAACUCCGACUCGAGGUGCCUGA